AUGUCAAUUUCUUCUUCUUCAUCAUCAUCUUCUUCUACGUCACCACCGGCGAGCACAAGACCAAAUGAUUAUUUUGACUUACCAGAAGAAGCUAGAGCCGACGACCAAUAUGUAGUCGAAAAGGUGCUUGGUAAACGACGAAAUCGAAAUGGAAAAUGGGAAUAUUUACUUAAAUGGGCUGGAUUUGGUAAUGACGAUAAUACAUGGGAAGCUGAACAUGAUAUUCAUCCUGAGUUAAUUGCUGAUUUUGAACGACAACACGUUGAAUUAGAUCCAUCAAAUCCAGUUUAUUCAACAUUAGAUGAAGAUCCACCAAUUAAAUCACGUGUAUCAUCAUCAAAUCGUUCAGUAUCACCACCAGCUAAGAAGAAAAGAAAAACUUCAAAUACUGUUUCUUCAACACCAUCAACAACAAAAAUAAAGACAACAACAAAUGAAACAUCCCGAAAAGUUUUUGGUGUAGAAAAAGGUUGGCGUGUACGAGCAGUUAUUGGAGCAGCUAAACAACAAGAUUCAUCAGUAUUAUAUGCUGUUGAUUAUGUAGAAGGUUCACCAGUAUUACGUGAAUAUGUACCAUCAAAUAUUGCUCAUAUUUAUAUACCACGUGAAUUAAUAGAAUUUUUUCAAAAAAAAAUUGUUUGGAAUUCAUCAAAUGAAAACAAGAAAACUUAA